UUGAAGCCCCCAGAAUAAAGCCGGCUGAGGAAGGGCUGGACGAUGAGGCAGAUCUUUUAAACAGCUCCGUUAUGGAAGGGCCGCCGAGCAGUCUGUAUGGCUCCUGCCCCUUGGUGGAGGACAGUUUCAGCCGCCUCUCGUCCCAGAGCAACAUCUACGGGCUGACCGCCUUCUCCACGCCUGAGGGAGGCUGUGACCUGUUGACCGCCACCCUUAAAGGGAAGGUCAUCUGUUUCAGAUACCAGACCCUCCGACAGAAAAUCCGGCCAGUGGCUAAGGAGGUUCAGUUCACCUACAUCCCAGUUGAUGCAGAAAUCGUAUCCAUUGAUGCUUUCAACAAAUCUACCCCAAAAAGAGGCCUGGUCGUUGGAAUAACCUUUAUUAAGGAUUCUGGUGAUAAAGCAAGCCCGUUCCUCAACAUCUACUGCGACUAUGAGCCGGGAUCCGAGUAUAAUUUGGACUCCAUAGCACAAAGCUGCCUUAACCUGGAGCUCCAGUUCACUCCGUUCCAGCUUUGCCAUGUGGAGGUUCAGGAGAGGAGGCAGCGUGAGACUGUGUUCCUGCUCAGUGGCCACGACCAUCAGAUACACCUGUACAAAGAGAACGAAACUCUGCACCAGUUUGAAGAAAGGCCAACAGAAUUCCUAUUCCCAGAGUUAACCGACCUACCCAGCCAUGUCCUCUGGCUUGACGUUGUCAACAUUCCCGACUCUACCAGACGGCUGACUGCUUUCGGGUGUCAGAAUGGAUUUGUGGGAAUUUCCCAUGUGGAUCAGGAUUCAAAAGUUGUUCUGCAGAGUUGGAACAUACAACAGGAUGGGCCGAUUUCAACUGUCCUGCUCUUCAGAUUACCUACUGACAGCAAUGAGGGCUAUUCACCUGGGAGCUGCAGAACUACUAUUGGUCCUGACACUGGUGAAGGUAGCGACUCUUUAGAGGACUAUAACCUGCUGGUGACCUCCACAAUCGAGCUGUCAGUUGUUUACAGGGACGUGCUGAAGAACGGCCUCAGUGACCAGGCCAUUCUGCCAGAGAGUGAUCAAUAUGACAGUGUCCUCUGUGCACUGGUAACCGAUGUAGACUUCGAUGGAGUGAAGGAAGUUCUGCUUGGCACCUAUGGGCAGGAGUUACUCUGCUACAAAUCCUGCGCCGGAGGGGCUCCAGACCCAGAGGCUGUGGAAUCAGGACUUGCCCCCCGACUUCGAGGGGAAUUCCGGCUCCUGUGGAGAAGAAGUUUCCAGAGCCCCCUGCUGUCCAUGGCCUACGUGGACCUCACUUGUGAUGGUCUCUGUGAGCUCACUGUCGAGUCCUUGAAGGGGCUGCAUAUUCUGCAGCAUAGCUUAACCCAGACAGCCAGCCUGGUCUUGCAGAGGCUUCACUCCAGAGUGUCGGCUUUGGAGAAGAGUUUGUCACAGAGCCUGGCAGGUGUGGAGCUCGAUGAGCCUGAGGCUGAAACACAGGCGACGGAAGGUCCAGAGAGUUUUGCGAGGACUGAUCAGGAGGAGGCGGCUGAAUGUAACGGCUGACGUGAAACCCACUGAGCAUUGAUGCUUUAAUUUGCCCCCACUUCUCCCCUCAGACUUAUCUCACUUUUGCACCACUCGACAAGACGCCUUCGAUCAUUCUUCGAAACAAAAGCAGCAUUUAAAAACUGAUAAGGGAGGAGGGCAAGUUUACCCCGCCUUCUGUUUGGAGGAGCUUCGCAGGAGAGGUGGGGGGGCUGGAUAUUAAACUGCCCAACAUUCCAUUCCACACCAUGUGAAGCCUCAACCCUGUCAAAGUUACCAAGGUGGCUGAAGAUGAGAGCGAGAAAUUAUGGAAGAGAUUCACAGGGAGGUCAUUGAAGUUGAUGAGUGGGAAAUAAUUUCUAAUCUCCCAUCUUGUAUUCCGACGAGUUAUUUUACCUCGACAGUUUCAGAGGUUGAAGCUGUGACCCACAGCUCCACAGUUCCUGAGGGCAGCUUUUAAAUAUCCACAUUUUCCCGCCUCUUUGUCUUUCUGAAUGAAGUUGCUGCACGUUUUGAUUCCUCCACAGUUUUGGGAGCUGUAACCAUUGCACUUUCAACAGGCACUCGAGAUUGUGGGUCCCACCCAAGAGAAUGAGCGCAAACAUCGAACACUACGCCGCAGGUGCUGGACUGCCGCAGGUGCUGGACUGCCGCAGGUGCUGGACUGCCGCAGGUGCUGCACUGCCGCAGGUGCUGCACUGCCGCAGGUGCUGAGGAGACUUUAAAUCGAGGCUCCGUCUGCCCUUUCAGGUGGGCGUAAAAGAUCCCACAGCCACUAUUUCGAGGAGGAGCGUGGGAGUUCUCCUUUGUCCUGGACCAAUAUUUAUCUCUCAACUAGCAUCACUGAAAGCAGAUUAUCAUGUUGCUGUUUUGUGGAGUUUAUGUGGAAAUUGCCUGCUGUCAUUCUGCACCAAAGAAAAAUUAUCAUUCAAACACUUUGGGACGUCCUGAAAUCAUGAAAUGCAAGUUAUUCCUUUGUUAUUAAAGUUUUAAAAAUA